AUGCAGCCAAUAGUGGCAAACAUUGGUGAUGACAUCAUUUUGCCAUGUUACCUGGAGCCUGGGGUGGAUGCUUCUGCCAUGACGCUGGAGUGGACGAGAUCGGACCUGAAUCCUAUAUUCGUCCAUGUUCGGCGUUCUGGUCAGGACCUUGCUAGUGCUCAAAACCCAUCGUACAGAGGAAGAACUUCAGUGUCUAUUGAUGAAAUGAAGAAGGGAAACAUUUCAAUGAAAAUCUCCAAAGUGAAACCUUCUGAUGCGGGGAGAUACAAAUGCUUCAUUCCAAAACUGAAUAAAGAGUCUUUCAUUCAGCUUGUUGUUGGUGCUGUUUCUUCGCCUGCCAUUAAUUUAGCAGGGAUCGAUAGAGACAAAGAGGGAGUGGUUCUCCAGUGUGAGUCUUCUGGCUGGUAUCCAGAGCCUGAGGUGUUGUGGCUGGACGGUGAGGGAAAGCUCCUCUCUGCUGGACCUACAGAGACAGUCAGAGGUCCUGAUGACCUCUAUACUGUCAGCAGCAGAGUGACUGUGGAGAAGAGACACAGCAACAGCUUCACCUGUAGAGUCCACCAGAAGGACAUUAACCACACCACAGAGACACAAAUCACUGUUCCAGAUGAUUUCUUUAAUGUCCAGUCCAGUCCUGCUCCUCUCGUCACUGGUUUGGCUGAGGAGCAGCAGAGGAGGAAGGAGGCUGAGGAGGAAGUUCAGACCCUGAAAGAGAAGCUGGAGACACAGAAGAAAGAGUUUGAAAAUAAAUCAGCUGAAGUCCAGCAGCUCAAAGAUGAAAAGCAGAGACAUGAGAACGAGCUGCAGACUCUGAGGACUGAAAAUCAAAAGUUGAAAGAUGACCUGGAGACUCUGGAGACCAAAUGCAAGCAAACAAUCUACAGACUUCUACGUCCUUCUUUCUAA